AACAACAAAACAAAUCAAAAUGUUCAAAUACUUCGCUCUCGUCUUCGUUGCGCUCUUCGCCUUCGCCGCCGCCGAGCCUAAGCCCGCUGUGGUAGCAGCACCAUUGGCCUACUCAGCUUACUCAGCCCCAUUGGUCGCCUCCCCCUACGCCGCUGCCUAUGCUGCCCCAUAUGCCGCUUACGCCGCCGCUCCCUAUGCCGCCUACGCUUCACCCUACGCCGCUUACUCCGCUUACCCAUACAGCGCCGCCUACUUCGUUCUCGUUUUCGUCGCGCUCUUCGCCUUCGCCGCUGCCGAGCCUAAACCCGCUGUGGUAGCAGCACCAUUGGCCUACCCAGCUUACUCAGCCCCAUUGGUCGCCUCCCCCGCCUACGCCGCUGCCUAUGCUGCUCCAUAUGCCGCUUACGCCGCCGCUCCCUACGCCGCCUACUCCGCUUACCCAUACAGCGCCGCCUAUGUGCUCCGCAAAGUUUUCUCUUUCAUUGCCAAUCAGCUCCAAUUUGGAGAUUACAGAUCAACCGCUACAUUCCGUUUACUUGCGGAGCACAUAGGCGGCGCUGUAUGGUUCGCUCUCGUCUUCGUCGCACUCUUCGCCUUCGCCGCUGCCGAGCCUAAGCCAGCUGUGGUAGCAGCACCAUUGGCCUACUCAGCUUACUCAGCUCCUCUGGUCGCCUCCCCCUACGCCGCUGCCUAUGCUGCCCCAUAUGCCGCUUACGCCGCCGCUCCCUAUGCCGCCUACGCUUCACCCUACGCCGCCUACUCCGCUUACCCAUACAGCGCCGCCUAUGUGCUCCGCAAGUAA